AUGCGAGUGCAAAUUAAUCCAAUAAUUAAAUUGUAUCCGAAGAAUUAUAGAAACAAUAAAGAAUUUGAUGCGUUAUGCGGAUGUUGGUUCGGCCCCCAGGUCGCCGACGGGCCCGGAGCUUCCUUAAAAGGACUGCGGGACAACUCCGGGGUAGAUGGCGGUGAUCCCAGAUAACUGUGGUUCAUCAUCAUCAAACAAACGCUUCAUAUACAACUCUUUAUGCUCUGGAGAGUAUAAGAUAAAGCUCAGGAGGCCAUACAAUAAAAGCUACGAUAGUAAAACUUGGUAAAAGAAACGAAAUCCUGAUUUAUUCUAAUCCCAGUUUCCGAAUAUCAAAAAAACUCAGCCUAAAUUAUGACAUCCUUUCAAAAGAAUCGUAGUCCUGAUUUCCUGAUUAUGAAUCAACCAAAAAUCAGAAAUAAACCCUGAGAACUUCUUCCAUCUAAAAGGAAGUUCUCGGCCAACAUGGGUAAAUUCCAAACAAAAAAAAACAUAAACUCAGGUCUCGAAUCCAAAAGCAACCUAGGUUCUGGUGUUAAAAUAAAAAAAAACCUAGAUCCUGCCAAACAACAUAAAAUGGAAGGUGAAAGCGUGAAACAUGGGAGCGAAGCUCAACCAAAACUCUACACUUUGAACGAGAAUGCCAAUCAAACAACAAGCAACGUUGUGACGAAAGAAUGCUCUCCAUAAAAACCUCUCCGUCUAUUUCCCGCUCUUUUCUAACCAAAAACAAAACCUAUCAGAAAAAAGAUCAAAAGAAAUUAGAAUUGAGCGCUCCGACGCAAACGCUUUCCCGGUUGAGGGUCGCCAUAGGGCGCACAUUCGUUGCUGCUGUCGAAAAUUCCUUUUUAACCUUUUUUAAAAUCCUUUCUGUUUUCUUUUUUAUUUCUUAAGUACCGCAGAAAAACUCGCUUUCUUUUCAGGAAAGAUAUUUUCAGAUUGUUUUCGAGGAGCCCUUUGAUGUUCAUGAGGUCAUCGAUACGGUGUUUUCCACAACUCUUCUGGAGUUGAAGUGAGCUUGAAGAAUAUUUUCAAGAAUCAUUUUUGUUUUCAGGUCCUUUCUCAAAAAAAAAAAUCUUGUGAUCAAGAAACUGGCCGAAGUGACGACAUUUUUGUGUGGCGAACUGAUGCUCAAUAAUGGCAAAAUGAAUCAAGAUGUUUUCGGUCUCAAUUUGAACAGCCUCAAUCUGUAG